GUGUUUUCCCUCGCUCCAACUUCAUUACCCAGCAUGUGUAUACUUGAUCUUGGCCACUUGGGGGCGCUGUCUUGAGCCUUCAAAAGUCUGAACUUGCACUUCAUUUGAUGGGUCUUUCUUGCUGAUUCUUAACACCCCCCCCCCCGGAUUGGUUCUUCAGUUUCUGCAGUUAACAAGAGCUAGAAGAUUACUCGCGGUUGAAGAAAUUUGUUCCUUUUCGUCAUGAAUCUUGAUUCAUCUGUUUCCCUCAAAGAUCGGAAGGGAAGGAAGAGCCCUUUCUUUGAGGUCACUAGUACAGAAAAACAGUUGUGGGGGCUGAUCCAUUCGAAAGGUAUAUUGCACACAGAAGUCCAUGACUUGUAUCGCAAAACGCGUUCAGGUUAUGAGAAGAUCAUUCUAAACAAUCACAAAGAGGUGGAACUUCAGGAUGUUGAAUGUUCCCUGUGGAUGCUGCAUUACAUGCAUAUUGAUGAAUUUCGUAAGAGAAUUGUGCAAACUUCUGCAAGUUCUGAUCAGAGUUUGAAGUCAGGAACUUGGCGAAAUGCUACUAAUUCAUGGAGCAGCAUUGAGAGCCACAAGGAGCAAUUCAAAUCAUUUCUGUUGGAAGCAAUUCAGUUUUACCAAGAUUUGAUUGCAAAACUAAGACGACGUUAUGGACUACCUGAAGAUCCUUUGGCAUAUGAAAAGGAUGGCAUCUCAUGUGAUAUUGACUCUACAAAAUUUCAUCUGUGUCAAUAUUCAUGCCAUCGCCUUCUGGUUUGUCUCGGUGACCUAGCAAGAUACAGGGAACUGUGUAAGAAGCUUGAUUUUCAGAAACCAGACUGGUCUGUUGCAGCAACCUACUAUUUUAAAGCAGCAUUGGUUUGGCCAGAUAGUGGGAACCCCCAAAAUCAGUUGGCACUGUUGGCAACAUAUGUUGGCGAUGAUUUCCUUGCAUUGUACCACUGUAUAAGAAGCUUAGCCGUUAAAGAACCUUUUCCUGAUGCCUGGAACAACCUUAUUUUGCUCUUUGACAAGAACAGGUCAUCUCAAUUGGAUUCACUUUCUAAGGAGGCCCAGUUCGAUUACCUAAAUCCAUACGAAAGAAGUAUCAUAAUGAAAGAAUCAAAAUGUGAUACAAGGCUAGCCAGUGAUCUGUGGCCUCUUUUUGUUAGAGUGAUAAGCUUCUUUUUCAUUGAAUCCAGCUUGGAGGAAUUUCCUUACACUUUUGGAUCCACUGUGAGAGAGUUGGACUCUCUGUUGGCUCUAGAUGACGAUCAACUAAAAGCCACUCUGGAGUCUUACCAAUAUAUGGAUUCAGCCAGAACAGGCCCUUACCGAGCCCUUCAAAUUGUCUCAGUACUCAUAUUUGUCAUCAACAGCCGAGUUGAAAACUUGGGGAACGAAUCAGAUGAGAACAAGGUGCAGCAGCCUAUGUUGAUGCAAUUUCUGUUGACUACCACAUUCAUUUGCCUGGGCCGCCUUGCUGAGAGAUGUCUGGAUAGUAUUCCUGUGGAACUUAGUCCCCUUCUGCCUGCGGUGCUCAUGUUUGUUGAGUGGUUGGUUGGCGUGUUUGGUAAAGUAGAACCAUAUGGUGCUUGUCAAGAAGUUAAAAGGUCCGUGUCUUAUUUUCUUGAUGCUUUUGUUGACCUUGUGAACCAGCUUGAUAAGAAUGAGGGUGAAUUCAACAAUGGAGAUCACAUUGCUCUUUGGGAAGAUUAUGAACUAAGGGGCUUUGAACCCCUAGCUCUCGCGCAUGAGCCCUUGGACUUUACAGCUCAUUCAAAACUCCCAUGCUACUUGGUUAAUGUCAAUGUAUGCCGUGCUCAUCGCAUCUUUCAGGCUGCCAUGAAAAUUUCAGACAGAUCAGAUGGUUCCCAGAAGUGGAUUUGCUAUGAUAAGUUGGGAAGAAAGUUUUACACAACAGAAUCAAAAUCAGUUCCGGAACACAUAGAAAAAUUAGUAGCCCAGUCCAGUUCAGAUACUGCGAUUAAGGAACUCCAUCAGCGCAGGGAAGCAGAACUAGCCGAUUCCAGUUCAGACCAUGAGGUAAACGAUCCCAAACAGUACAAAUGUGGAGCCACUGAAAAAGAUGCCAUUGGAGGGAAUGAAUGUCACCCUUUUGAAAAUGGAAAACCUGUCGCCACGGAAGAUGAAGAAGUCAUUCUCUUUAAGCCUAUUACUAGAUAUAACUCAACACCCCUCUUUCCUUCUACGAGAAAUGAUGCAAUCUCUAUGGAAGGUUCGAAGGAUCAAACAGCGCCUUUUGAUGAAUGUUUGUGCCACGCAACAUCUCUUUCUGCAGAAAGAAACGAGGCCCCAUUCGAGCCUUUGAGUUACUGUUCUGAUGCGAGAGACCUCAGGAACAACAAACUAUCCAAGCAGCAGGAGCCCCUAUCGAAAGAUUCUGCUACGUCAUACCAUACUGGGCCGCCAUCACUCAGUGCUUGGGUACUAAACAGAGAGAUUUCGAACAAUGAGAAGGAUAAGGGAACAAGGGACUUUUGGAAACCGGGCUUAAACCCCAUCGAUGAAAUAGAUUCUGCUUCCUUGAGUCGCCUCCUCCUCAGUGAAGCAGAGGAUUCUGCAUCCAAUACCAGCCAUGUUUCUGCCACCACACCUUACUCUCCUCCUCCCUAUUCUGCUCCGGUGCCAUCAGCCCCAUCACUGCCGGAUGAUCCCAUCUGGUUUGCCGACAAUUCUGCCAGUUUUCCUGACAGCAAGAGCUCAGGAAACACGAAAGAAACAGAUGGAAUUCUUGGGGCAUCGCCACUUAGCACCUGUACUAAGCGGUCUGCCAUUCCUGCUCCAGUGGGUCUUGUCUCAACCAUUCCAGGUCUUAUUGGCAGUUACAGGCCUGUUCUUGGAAUGAGCUCUUCAGAAUGGCUCCAUCACUACUACAAUCAAAACCUCGAACGAUCAGUGAGUCCGGCAUGGCCGGUCCACUUGUAUGCCCCUGGAUCCGUAGGAAACUUAUAUGCUCACGACACAUCCCGAUUCAAUCUUGGUGACCGUUGGGGAAAUCCUUCGAGUCCUAACCAGAUGGUGUACUUGGAAAGCCCUCAGCUGCAGCCAAAUUCUCCUCUCAUUUACAGUGCAGAUGAACAAAGAAGGGAGAAGCUUUUCCAUAACUACCAAAUGCCGAGCCCUUAUGGCUGUGGAGCCGUGACAGAGCUCAGAGCUGACCAGCCACCUAUCCUUCUUCAUUACCUUAAGGAGAAAGAAUGGCAGUUGCAGACACAGCCACAAGUCAGAGGCCCUACAUAUAUGGGUAGUUAAGUCCAUCACAAGCAUAUAUAUCCUGCAUUUUGUCUUUGGAACGGAUUGGAUUUUUUGUUGUAACAUGGCUGUUUGUUCAUGAAUCAGAGCAUUCAGCUGUACUUUGUGUGUAAAAUGUAUAUUUGAGUUCAAGGAAUAAACCUUCCAAAAGAGGAGACUCAAAAGAGUGUCCGACUCGUUCA